AUUAUGUUGGUUAUGAAAGUAAGGUAUGAAAACAGCAUCACAUGUCUUUCAGCUGGCAUAAAUACACUUAAAAAGGUGAAGUGACGAGCCGGUUUUCUAUUUUGAAACGUGCCAUUUGAACCUACUAAGUUGUGCAAUACUACAGCACAGCAAACUGAAGCACGGACCAUUUCACCUGUGGAAGUAGUAAAGAUAAGACAGUGUUUACAUCUUGGUGAAUAUUGAAAGAAAUCCAAAUGCACCAGCUGAACUUGGAUAGAUGAUUGGAAAGACUACAGAGAAUACAUAGUGGAUUCAAGUUGAUGGAAACCUCAGAGAAAAUGUUUAACUGGGACGAGGAGUGGAACAUCUCUUUUGCAGGCUGUGGAUUCCGAUGUAUUUACUACCUGGGAGCUUUGGCCUGUAUCCUUGAGCGGGUCCCCCAGCUGGUUCAUGGAGCCUCUAAGAUCUGCGGAGCUUCAUCUGGCUGUCUCGUGGCUGCAGCUCUGGCUGUUGGGAUUCCCAUCGAGCAGGUCUGUGUUGAUGUUUUGACCGUGGCAAAAGAGGCUAGAAAACACACGCUGGGAGUUUUCCACCCGACAUUCAGUCUGCUGCGGACAGUCCGGGACAACCUGUUGGAGAAGCUUCCAGCAGACGCCCACCUUCGGGCCUCCGGAAAGCUCUGCGUGUCCCUCACCAGACUGGCUGAUCGGAAGAACGUUUUGGUGUCAGAGUUUGCCAGCAGAGAGGAGCUCAUUCAGGCUCUGAUGUGCAGUUGCUUUUUUCCUGUUUACUGUGGUUCCAUCCCACCUUCGUACCGUGGAGUGCACUAUAUAGAUGGAGCCCUGAGCAACAGCAUGCCUCUGUUUGAGCAGAGAAACACCAUCACCAUGGCCCCGUUCUCCGGCGAGAGCGAUAUUUGCCCCACAGAGGGUACAUUCAACUUCUUCGAAGUGCACUAUGGCAACGUUAGCAUCCAGGCCAACGUCGGCAAUGUGCAUCGGAUCUGUACAUCCUUCCUCCCUCCCACAUUUCAAAAGCUGGCUGAGAUCUGCCACAAUGGCUAUGUGGAUGCUUUUCAUUUCUUGAGAGAAAGAGGCAAGUCCCUCCAUGUUCAUCCUCCUUGAAACUGAGUCUUUGAAUUUUCUGGUUCUCACCAUGUAAUGACAACUAAUACAUGUUCUCAGUCAACUGUCUGUUAUAGAUCUGCUUGGUACACAGUGUCCUCCCCUCAGUGUGAUGGCGGAGACGGACACGGUCAAACCUGCUUGUUGUCAGCC